CUCAUUUCCCACCUCGUGUCAUACAUGGGACCCACGAGAGCGACACCGAACGGGACGGCCACAAGACUGGUUUAAUUCUAUCGAUACCGGAGCAAAGAAGGACCUCCGGAAAUAGUUAACGUCCAUCUGAUCCCUCGUGGUCUGUGAACCUCCAACCGCCCACAUGCUGAGGCCAAAUUCGUUUGGGACGCAGACAAGUGAGUCAGAGACUCGUGGGGCCCAUAUCACGAAUGACACCAUCCUCGAUUCUUGGUGUGUUUGGAUGGGUUCAUCUUGUGGUUCUCGUUUCAGGUGCAGGAAGUGUAAACUGAAAAUAUAAUUAGCUGUCAGAUGAGGCACAAGGACAGCCUUGCACGUCUGUCUUCGCCCGCCUUCUCCUCAGCCAAUGGCAGGCCUUGGAGUCGAAUUGAUAACGCCGUUAUUGUGUUGCGGUGAUCUACCUGUUACCGUUAUCACAUCGCGAGGUCGGAAACCACAGUCUGUAACGGCUUUCCAAGUUUUCCGAUUAAGUUAGUAUUACCAGGCAAACGUCUCCAUAACGCCGUUAUUCAAGCAGCUACGCUUCCCUCCCUCCUUCCGCCCCUCCCCGGGGAGUUCCAUUCCCACUCCUCUCCACAGCAGCACUUCCUCUCUCUCUCUCUCUCGCAUGGCGACCAUGGCUCACAGAGCGGAGUCGAACGAAGAGGAGGAGCAGAGGGAGGCAAUGAGGGAGCCUCUUUUGGAGCAUCUCCACUCCAUCAAUCUCCGCCGCCACGCCCCCAACAGCACCUCCCAAGUGGCCAUCAUUGGCUCCAACCUAUGCCCCAUCGAGAGCCUCGACUACGAGAUGAUCGAGAAUGACCUCUUCAACCAAGAUUGGAGAAGCCGCGGGCGGGCCGCCAUCCUCCAGUACAUCUCCCUCAAGUGGACACUCUGUUUUCUCGUCGGUAUCCUCGCCGGCGCCGUCGGUUUCUUCAACAACCUCGCCAUCGAGAACCUUGCAGGCAUCAAGUUCGUCGCCUUCUCCAAACUGAUGCUGGCCAACAAGUAUUGGCUGGCGUUCGGGAUGUUUGCUGCUUCGAAUUUGGCUCUUUUAUUGUCUGCAUCGACGAUUACGUCGUACAUUUCGACGGCUGCCGCGGGAUCGGGAAUACCGGAGGUGAAAGCUUACUUGAAUGGUGUGGAUGCUCCUGAUAUCUUCUCUCUGCGUACCCUCGUCGUCAAGAUUCUAGGUUGCAUUACUGCUGUAUCAUCAUCCCUCCAUGUGGGAAAGGCAGGCCCCAUGGUACACACGGGUGCAUGCAUUGCAGCUUUACUUGGACAUGGUGGGUCUCGUAAGUACCACAUGACAUGCAAAUGGCUGCGGUACUUCAAAAACGAUAGAGAUAGACGCGACCUUGUAACCUGUGGUGCUGCUGCUGGAGUUGCUGCUGCUUUCCGUGCCCCUGUUGGUGGUGUUCUCUUUGCUCUUGAAUCACUGUCAUCAUGGUGGAGAAGUGCCUUAAUCUGGAGAGCAUUCUUCACAACUGCAGUAGUUGCUGUAGUGCUUCAGGCACUAAUUAGCAUUUGUAAUAGUGGAAAGUGUGGCUUGUUUGGCAAGGGGGGGCUAAUAAUGUUUGAUGUUACUUCAGAUGGUAUUACCUAUCACCUCGUGGACUUACCUCCAGUGAUCCUUCUUGGUGUUAUUGGAGGAAUACUGGGAAGUCUCUACAACUUCCUGAUGUUGAAAGUUCUUCGAAUAUAUAGUCUUGUUAAUGAGAAAGGUUCUGUCUACAAGUUGCUUCUUUCUGCCAUUUUGUCCAUAUUCACAUCUUGUUGUCUAUUUGGGUUACCAUGGCUUGCAUCUUGCAGGCCUUGCCUUAAGAAAGAUUGCUCUUCCAUAGGUCACUCCAGCAAUUAUAAGCAGUUUCAAUGCCCUCCCAUGCACUACAAUGAUCUGGCUAGCUUAAUUUUUACCACCAACGAUGAUGCUAUCAGAAAUCUCUAUGCCACUGGCACAAAUUAUGAGUUGCACCAGACAUCAAUCUUGUUGUUCUUUGUUGCCUCCUACAUUCUUGGCAUCUUAAGCUAUGGUGUUGUGGCUCCUUUUGGUCUUUUUGUGCCCAUUAUCUUGACGGGUGCGAUCUAUGGACGUUUUGUCGGCAUGCUGACGGGUUCACACUCAAAUCUAGACCACGGCCUCUUUGCUAUCCUUGGGUCUGCUUCCUUUUUAGGUGGAACAAUGAGGAUGACUGUGUCCAUGUGUGUUAUUCUCCUUGAACUUACCAACAAUCUCUUAUUGCUUCCUCUGGUUAUGUUGGUUCUGCUAAUAUCCAAAACAGUGGCAGACUCUUUCAAUGCCAAUAUCUAUGAUCAGAUUCUUAAAUUGAAGGGGCUUCCUUAUCUUGAAGGUCAUGCAGAACCUUACAUGAGGCAACUCACAGUCAGUGAUGUGGUUACCGGUCCUUUGCAAACCUUUAAUGGUGUAGAGAGAGUCGGAAACAUAGUCCAUGUUUUAAAGACUACAGGUCAUCAUGGUUUCCCUGUGAUAGAUGAACCUCCAUUCUCCUCUACUCCUGUGCUGUUCGGCCUAAUCCUUCGGGCACACCUCCUAGUUUUGUUGAAGAAGAAGGAUUUUCUGCCAACUCGUUCACGCUCCAAUGUUGAUGCAUCAAAGAUGUUUGUGGCUAAUGACUUUGCAAAGCGUAGCUCAGGCAAACAUGAUCGCAUUGAGGAUAUAGAACUGACUGCAGAAGAGAUGGAGAUGUUCCUUGAUUUGCAUCCAUUUACAAACACAUCACCUUAUACUGUGGUGGAGACAAUGUCAUUGGCCAAAGCUCUCAUACUGUUCCGAGAAGUUGGCUUAAGGCAUCUCCUGGUUGUGCCAAAGUCCUCUCCUAGGGCGCCAGUGGUAGGCAUACUUACCAGACAUGAUUUUAUGCCUGAGCAUAUAUUGGGAUUGCAUCCUUACCUGAUGCGCAGCAGAUGGAAGAGAUUACGAAUCAGGAUGUCGACUUUCAAGAAAUAUUUCAGGGGUUUUCUGAUGUGGGCUUGCACUUAGCAUUUGAGAUCUACCAGAUCUAAGUGAAGAGCAGGCUUCAAUUUUUCAUAUUCUGAUGACACAAAGGAGAUACAGAAUCAUAUCUAUUUUGAUUUACAUGGCAAGGUCAUGUUCAGAAGUGUUUUGCAAAUGAGAGCUGCAAAUGCUUUAAAAAUUCUCCAAAGUCUUUGCCACUGGUGUAUGAGUCAAGAUUGAACCAUUUUCAUGUGCCAUAAACACAAUAUAAUAUGUUUUCAUUCAAUUUUUUGCAUUGAAGCUGUAUAAUACAAUUUGCUCUGCCAUAUGUUAAAUAAGUCAGCAUUGCUAUUUAUUUCAAA